GCAAAUCAUGUUCUUAUCAAGACUUGUUCUAAGCUUCAAAAGACUUUCGUCGCAAUCAAGAAUUUGAGCAUUGGACUGUUGGAAGAAGAUUGAUUGACCAUUGUUGUAUUUUACUGUCGCAUAGUUUACUUCAUAGCUUGCGAUAUGUCUAGUGAGCUUGAACCAGAAACCGUAUAUGACAUGGUUGUAGUACACCGAGAAAAUGAUGUUCGUGUAGUAACACUGCAGUUAUUUCAGCUAUACACUCUCCGUAAACUUGGUCGCCCUUUCAAACCAGUCAUACCCUUUGGUCCCCACCUCUUCGGAAGUGGGAAGACGAAAUUCGUACAAAGUUACUUGGAACUGGUGAAUAAUAUGGGUGAAAGUGCACUGAUAGGUCUCGAUUACGUUGGUGAGUCUGAGAAGGCCAACCGAAGAGGUUUCCUGGAGAAGCUGAAAAGGGCUUCAUUGCUCUUUGUGGAUUUGAGGGAGUUGAAGCCCACAGAACCGAAAGAACGCAACCUAAAGUGGGCAGUCUACUAUUUGUUAGUAAAGGCUGCUUUUUUGCAAUCAGGUCUUCCGCAACCAGACCCGGACGAAUGUUUCAAGGAACUAAAACUUAGGAGUGAUGCUUUGGUCCAGAAAAUCCGUUCAAUCUUAAACAUUCCUUCCGAUCAAUAUCUCCUUGUGGCAUUUGACGAAGUUGGUGUGUUUGAUACAAAGGGAACCUUUUUUGAACUGGAGAAGAAUGACAAAGGUGUGGUUCGACCUUACAACGACUUUUUCGGUAUUAUUCGUGAGUUGUGUAAAGAACCCGACUUGUUUUUUAUAGUUGUUGGGAAAAGUGAAGGCUUAAAUAUAUAUAAUUACGUAGCUUCAGUCUCAAGGGUUCAGUUAGUGUUUAUUCCUCUUUCGCCGCUUGAGAAACAUAGUAUCGUGGAACAUUUGGAGAAAAGUUCUUGCUUUUUAUUCCCUGGGAGCCCAAAGGUUUCAGAAAUUCUUUGUCACGAAGACUUCUUAACUAGUGAACUUGCAGAGUUGUUGUUGGAAUUGACUGGUGGUGUUCCUGGUUUACUUGUUCGAGCAAUCAGUUACCUUUUGCUAAUGCUUACGUUAUUAUCUUUGUAUCGUAUUCGAUUUGAUUUUGAUGAAACUGUGCAAAUGAGCUCAAAUUCUGAUGUGUUUUUGUUUGAUCUAGUUACAGAUAUGUGUCUCUAUCGUCGAUUGGUUAUAGAACCAGACCGCAACGAACGCUAUGAAGUGUUGAUACCCAAGUUACUGAUUGAAUAUAUUGACCAAGGCUUAAAGGAUGAUCGUUUAGAAUGGUUACUUUUACAAACUCUCAAGUCUCAAUCUGUUGAUUUCUUUUAUGAGUCGAAAUGUCGAAUUUUGGAAGGUCUUAUUGCUACACUGUUUUAUUUACAUUUUUCUCGGCGUCCUAUAAACAGCUCAAUGUUUUCUACUCUUGGUCAAUUGUCUCGUGUUUGGAAUGAAAUGAAUUUACAAUUUUCUUCCGAAUCUGCUGCUUAUUAUAUGAAAUCUAUACAUUAUACCAGAGCUGUAUCAGGAACAGAGAGAAUGACAUUUGGAAGCAAUAAUGAAUGGGAAAGGAUAGUGGAAGAAAUGUUAGAAUUUGAAAAGAUAUAUAUUCCAUUUCAUUCAACAUCCCAUAGUCCAGAUAUAUUAUUCAAGUUGCAUGGAAGAACGAAUGAGAAGAACUUGAUGAUUGUGGGUAUUGCUUGUAAAGGCCGAUGGAGUCGUAAUGGUAUUCGAUGGAAUGAGAUUUGGAAGAAGCUCACAAG